ACGCCCGGAUAUAAUCUCUUCCAAAUAUCCUAUCUCAAGCUUCGCUAUGGCUUCUGUAGCUUCACAACUUGUAUUCCACCCGGCAGUCUCCCAGAGUCUCAAGUUUGGUGCAACAACUGUAGGCAGGGACAAGGUUUAUCGCGCUAUUCAAUUUUUCGCUCGCUUUUUUGCCUGGCAUCUCCAGAAUAACGGCAAUAAACUGGAAGCUGCUCGAUGGACUUAUCUCAAAGCACAUCUUGGAACGGCUCGAAAACUGCUUCGUUUGGGUAAACCCGUCGAGCAUUUACAAGCCGCUCUUCGUGCUACUUUUGCACCCGGACCUGCCUCGGAGACAAUAACUACAGUCGCAAGGCAGGUCGCUUACUUUGGGUAUCUGAGUUACGACGUUCUUGUCUGGGCAAACUCUAUAAAAUUCAUCAAUCUGAACCCGGAGACAGCAAAGCGUAUAGCUAAAACAUCAUUUCGUCUCUGGUUCGCAGGAAUUGUGUUCAGUCUCAUCAAUGGAGUAUUGAAGGCUUCCCGACUCGCUCAAGAAAUAAAGAAACUCCAGGACACAAGAGCCUGGGGUGACAAGGACCUGGGUGAAGAAGCUGCACGUGAAACGAGGUUGAAUGCCGUCCAAGCGGCUCGUCGAAGCACCCGUGACCAACUUGUCAUUGACUUGCUUGACGUCUGGAUACCAGCCACGGGCGCUGGACUACUGGACGUCAACGAAGGUACUCUGGGAAUCCUUGGCCUGAUUUCUUCCCUCCUCGGCAUCAAGGCUCAAUGGAGAGCGGUCAACGGGAAGAAGUAGUGUUUUAUGUAGUUGACCUUCACUUUGAGAAUCAGGAGUCGGCAGAUUUGA